UGUAUGACGCAAACAUUUCGUGAAAUCGCGUUUCCUUUCAAACGAAAGCAAAAUGCAAAACAAAUUACGAUUUGCUCAUGAUAGCUCGUAUCGUUAAAAUUUACGCGUUAUAAUAUCUAUGUGCACGUGCUGUUUAUCUAGUGGCUUGUGAACUCAGAUAGUUGCAGCAGUAUUGAACAAUAAUUUAUAGCCGACAGACGUUUAGCCAGAAAAUGCUUCCUAUAUUGAUAAGGAUGAAUAUUCUGACUGUGUUAUUGUUUGCCAUAGUAUCUUUUGCAUAUGGGCAGGAUAGAAAGAUAUCAUCAUACAUUAACCCAGGCUGCAGUUACUGCCCACCAGAUAAAACCUUGGUCUACACCAAAGCCAUUGGCUCGGAUAACACAAUCCACCAAAUAUGGGACUUCACUGGAGGUUUACCCACCAUAAUAUUCGUCAUUGGUACCGUCAAUUCCUCUCUACACAUUACUUGGGAUGGUACAAACCCUGACAAAUUCCUCAUGUCUGAUGAACCACGGUAUAGCUUCGCAGCUGCAAUAGAUAAGCUUUACGAAUAUGACGAUGUAGAGGACGUCGGGCAUAUAGACCCGAGUGUUCCACAGAAGGCGUACUCCCUCAGACAUAUGUACUGGGCUAGAAAUGCCAGCAAAAUGACUGAGACAGAAGCAAUGGUCGCGGUACGUGGCCACUUCCAGGAUAGAGCGGGACUGUUGGAGAUGAAACUAGACCUCCUCCCGUUCAACGACUACGCCGUCCAGCUGCCGCACCUGAUCCACACGGCCAACUCGACCCUGGUGGACGUGAGCGUGGUGAACGUGACGUCAUCGCGCGCCUACAACGCGUCCCGGUUCGCGCUGCACCUGCUGCUGGUGAGCACCGACCCCGCCGGCGACACCAUGCGGUACUCCAUGAGGCGCAGCUUGGACGACGAACACACUCCCGGCGUCUUUGAGAUAGUGGAGAUCAAGACGCCAGAGUCGUCGAGAAACAGCGACGGCGGGUUCAUUCAGUUCCGGCCAGUUGCGUACACGCAGCAGGAACGCAGUGUCGCCUCCUCCACCAACGCUCACAUCUCGAACUUCAACAAAACUUUGAUACCCGCUAGGAGUACUUUAGACAAGUUCUACUCGUACAAGUACGACCCUCACGACCUGCUCGUGCAAGACAUCUUCAUAUCGUUCGGGGAAACCGGCGACGGGUACUACAAACAGCACAAUUACACCGCGUGGUCCUUCACGAUUGGCUACGGCGAGCCGCCGAUAGAAAGCUUCUCCCUGUUCGUGAUAGUGAUCAUAUCCAUAGGCCUCGGUGUCCCGGUACUGCUGGCCUUAUCCGGGGUCACGUACGUCGUGGUGAAGAAGUAUAGGGCGAGGAACGCACCCACGCGGUUUACCGACGACGACUGAAGGUAGGAACAAAUAAUUGGAGAAAAUUGGGACUUUUGAAGAAGGAUUAGCGUUAGGCCGCGCCGCGCGCUGUGCGAAUUGGUUGCUUGACAGUUGUAGCAGUAAAAUAUGAAAUAAUAUGUAGUUUAUCAUUUAACGAUAAUCAUCCAAUAGAUAGAUAUAUAAUGGUGCUAAUUCCUGUAAAUACCAUCUAAUUUUAUUUUAAGUUAUAUCUGUCAUUUUCUUAGCCGCCGAAAAGGAAAAGGACGGGUAAUCGACAAGCAUAAAAUUUAUGGAACACACGUCAAUUUUAAGGACAAAUCUAAAACAACCGUCUAAAAAUUUUACAUCAGUCAAUAACCCGACACAGGUAAGUAGACAGCACGUCAAACGGAUUGCAUACCAGCGACAUACCUUUUUGAUUCGCCCGGGUUAUUCAUUCAUUUACUCAUUCUUCCUAAAAUUAAGAGCUUUGAAUCAUCCGUCCCUUUCCUUUUCGACGGAUAUGAAAUGACGGAUAUAACUUAAAAUAAAAUUAGGCGGUGUCUGCAGGAAUCGGGGCCAGUAUAUGUGUAUAGAUAAAAUACUUUAUUUCCUGUGUUUCACAAAUAAAUCGUUUUGUAUUUGUAUUUGAGCACAAUGGACACAAAAUACAGAGAUAAGGACAACAUAAUAUACAGAUAAGCACAACAGGCGGCUUUAUUGCUCAUGCAGCAAUUUCUUCCAGUCAACCUUUGGAUAGUAUUUUAUUUUAUAAAGAUCAUUUUGAAAUGUUUUAUUUUUACAAGAAAAGAACGCGUUUUUUUAUCUGAGUAUUACAACACUCGAAACACGGGCGGCCAUGAAUGAGCUUCAUGUGACGUCUAGUUUCAAAUCAUUUGAAGUGACGCGUAGUUUGACAGUUUCUUUGUUUAUUGAAAUGUGACGUCACUGGGCAAAAUGUCACGUGACCAACCGUUUUCGCGCGAAAUUUAAAAUUAAUGAAGAAAAUAUGUUUUUUUUUCUAUUAUAUAAAGCUUUUUCGAGAAAAUAAAAUAUUUUAAGAGAUAUAAAUAAGCUUUUGUAAUUUUUAUAAUACGUAUCCGAAAACUGUCAAGUAGCUAAUUAUAUCCAGGGCUUUGCCGAUUAGCUAUCUACGUAGACAACAUUAGCUGCGUGUAUUGGUUGAGACCCUCGAUAUAAUUGUCGCAGCACGGUUCGCGUACUGUGCAUAGUCUGCUGUGCCGUGUUUAUCAAUACGUUCA